CUUUAACCUUCAGUGGAAGAACAGAUCAGACAGCAAACAAGCUGCCAAGUACUGUUUGCACCUUGUCAAGGACAGCACCUGAACUCAUUUUUAAUCAGCACUUCCCAAAACAAUGCCUCUGGGUCAUUGAAGGAGACCAGGCCAGAGUUAGAAACUUUCCAGAGACCUCUAAUAGACAUUGAGUGGAAAAGGAAACUUAGGUUGUCUUUGCAUGAAUUUGCUUGAUUUGAGAAACAAAGGAGGAGAAAAACAGGUGUGACUUUCAAGAAGUCACAUGAACAUAUUCCACAUUUAAACCAUAAAUGGAUGGUCAUUAUUGGAACAGCCCAAACAUCUACCACGGAGCAAGAGAUAUAGCUGGAGAGGCAGCUAGGCAGUCCAGGAACCAAGGAAUGGGUGACUACAAGUAUCAGGACAACUAUGAGGGUUAUUCCCCCAGUGAUGGCUAUUACAGAGGCAAUGAAUCCAACCAGGAAGAAGACGCACAGAGUGAUGUCACAGAAGGCCAUGAUGAGGAGGAUGAGAUCUAUGAGGGCGAGUACCAGGGCAUCCCCCAUCCGGAUGAUGUCAAAGCCAAGCAGACCAAGAUGGCACCCUCCAGGGCAGAUGGCCUUCGGGGCCAGUCAGACCUGAUGGCGGAGAGGAUGGAAGAUGAGGAGCAGUUGGCCCACCAAUAUGAGACCAUCAUUGAGGAGUGUGGCCAUGGGCGCUUCCAGUGGAUCCUCUUUUUUGUUUUGGGUUUGGCCCUGAUGGCUGAUGGAGUGGAGGUGUUCGUGGUGAGUUUUGCCCUGCCCAGUGCAGAGAAGGACAUGUGCCUGUCCAGUUCCAAGAAAGGAAUGCUGGGGCUGAUAGUCUACUUAGGGAUGAUGGCAGGGGCCUUCAUCCUGGGGGGUCUGGCCGAUAAGCUGGGAAGAAAGAGAGUCCUCAGUAUGUCCCUCGCCAUCAAUGCCUCCUUCGCCUCUCUCUCCUCCUUCGUGCAGGGUUAUGGCGCCUUUCUCUUCUGCCGACUCAUCUCAGGCAUAGGGAUUGGGGGCUCUCUGCCAAUUGUUUUUACCUAUUUUUCUGAAUUUUUAUCUCGGGAGAAACGAGGAGAACACGUCAGCUGGCUGGGCAUCUUCUGGAUGGCCGGGGGAAUCUAUGCAUCUGCAAUGGCCUGGAGCAUCAUUCCGCACUACGGCUGGGGCUUCAGCAUGGGCACCAAUUACCAUUUCCACAGCUGGAGAGUGUUUGUCAUCGUCUGUGCUCUGCCCUGCACCGUGUCCAUGGUAGCUCUGAAGUUCAUGCCAGAGAGCCCCAGGUUUCUGCUGGAGAUGGGCAAACAUGACGAAGCCUGGAUGAUUCUCAAGCAAGUUCACGACACCAACAUGAGAGCCAAAGGGGCCCCGGAGAAGGUGUUCACGGUUUCCCACAUCAAAACUCCCAAGCAAAUGGAUGAAUUCAUUGAGAUCCAAAGUUCAACAGGAACUUGGUACCAGCGCUGGCUGGUCAGAUUCACGACCACUUUCAAGCAGGUCUGGGAUAACGCUCUGUACUGUGUAUUGGGGCCCUACAGAAUGAACACCCUGAUUCUGGCUGUGGUCUGGUUCACCAUGGCUGUAAGUUACUAUGGGCUGACGGUUUGGUUCCCUGAUAUGAUCCGGUAUUUUCAAGAUGAAGAAUACAAAUCUAAAAUGAAGGUGUUUUUUGGUGAGCAUGUGUAUGGUGCCACCAUCAACUUCACGAUGGAAAAUCAGAUUCACCAACAUGGGAAACUUGUGAAUGAUAAGUUCACAAAGAUGUACUUUAAACAUGUACUCUUUGAGGAUACGUACUUUGACAAGUGCUACUUUGAAGACGUUACAUCUACUGAUACCUAUUUUAAAAACUGCACCAUUGAAUCAACCUUUUUUUAUAACACAGAUCUCUACAAACACAAGUUCAUCAACUGUCGGUUCAUCAACUCCACCUUUCUGGAGCAGAAGGAGGGCUGCCACAUGGACUUUGAGGAGGACAAUGACUUCCUGAUUUACCUCGUCAGCUUCCUGGGCAGCCUGUCUGUGUUGCCUGGGAAUAUCGUUUCUGCCCUGCUCAUGGAUAGAGUUGGAAGACUCAAGAUGAUGGGUGGCUCCAUGCUAAUCUCAGCUGUCUGCUGCUUCUUCCUGUUUUUUGGCAAUAGUGAGUCUGCAAUGAUUGGCUGGCAAUGCCUGUUCUGUGGGACCAGCAUUGCAGCCUGGAAUGCCCUAGAUGUGAUCACAGUAGAGCUGUAUCCCACUAACCAGAGGGCAACAGCCUUUGGCAUCCUCAAUGGAUUAUGCAAAUUUGGCGCCAUCUUGGGAAACACUAUCUUUGCUUCUUUCGUUGGGAUAACCAAAGUGGUCCCCAUCCUUCUGGCUGCUGCUUCUCUGGUUGGAGGUGGCCUGAUUGCCCUUCGAUUGCCAGAGACUCGUGAACAGGUUCUGAUGUGAACGACCUACAGGCAAAGGAAAGAUGGAAAGGAUCUUGUCCAGGAAACUUAACACAGCCAUACUUCCUGCCUACCACUGUCCACAAGACACCU